UCUCAGCAGACGGGUGCAGUUGUGAGAGCCUUAAAGCCUGCAUAAAAAUGCGCUCUGGCUCUCAGACAUCAGGGUCUAUCAAAAGAUUUAUUGAGAAGAGGUCCCGUUGAUUGUCAGCCACAUGGAAACCAUAGGAACACUGAGCAGUCUCUCUCUCUCUCUCUCUCUCUCUCUCUGUCCGUCUCUCACUCUGUUUGAGGGAGUGGAACACUCUUCAUGCGGCUGCACUGAGGAGCAUUUGAUACUAAGUAACUGGAAGCUCUGGACUCAAAAUCAGCUUUUUUUGUCUGGUCUUAGUUAUGCUUUCUCUUAUUUUUUCUUUCAUCUAGAAGGCUGGUGAUGAUGUUAAGGGUGGAGGUCUGAUGUGUGUGGAGCCAUUCCAAAGGCCAUCCCCAGAAAAAGUGGCGCAUGCCGUGCUAUGCCCGGUUGUCAGGGCGACGCAGGGUCAGCGCUGGCCACGGUCUGAGGUGGGCUGGCUGGCGUCAUGCACCACCUCUUCCGCCUGGUGCUGGGCCAGCGGGAUCUGUCGCGCGCUGGGGACCUCUUCUCCCUGGAGGAUGCAGUGAUAGAGGACUGUCUCUCUGAGGCGCUGGAGGAGAUCAAGGCCAUUUCCUGCUCUCCGGACUACCUGACCAAUGACAAUGACCAGGCCGUGGUGGAGAUUUGCAUCACGCGUAUCACUACAGCUAUCCGGGAAACACGCUCCAUUGAGAGGCAUGGGGCAGCACUGGUCUCCCUGUGGGAGUCCUGCCUGGAACACAACCUGCAGCCCCAGGGCAAGGACGAGGACACGCCCCACGCCAAGAUCGCCUCUGACAUCACAAGCUGCAUCCUGCAGAAUUACAAUCAGCCCCCCGUGAUGGCACUGGCAGUACCCGUAGCUGUCAAGUUUCUCCAGGGGGGGAACAAGGAACUGUCCCGGAACAUGUCCAGCUACCUGUCCUUAGCGGCCAUCGCCAAGGCUGAUCUCCUGGCCGAGCACACGGAGGCCAUCACCUGCAGUGUGCUGAGAGGGAACCACAUGCUCCUGCGGGUCCUUCCCUCCGUGUACAAGAAGCAGCCAGAAGCCAUCCACCUCCACAUCGGGGAAUUGACCGCCAUGAUGUCACAGCUUGAGCAGCCAGAGCAGCAGCACCUUCUCAGACUGCUUCAGAUGGUCGCCAAGCAACACCCCCUGGCACUGAGCUCACUAGUGCCCUCUUUGGUGGGGUACCUCAGCGACCCUGUGCUCAAUGACGCGGUGCUGACCGUGCUGGUGGACGUUUCCCUGGCUUGCCCAGCCUCCGUCUCCAACUUCCUGCCCACCCUGAGAGAGGUCGGACAGCAGUUUCCUGCCCUCCUAGGCCACGUCGCCAAGAUCCAUGGAGCUGUGGGACUGACCAGUGAGGAGCAGGCCCACAGUUCCCUAGUGUACUUGGUAUCUCUGCUGGCCAGCAUGGAGCACAGCAUUCACCACACUCUGCUGCUGGAGAUCCGGGGGCUGACCGACCGCUUCUCCUCCAUCCUGGGGGGCUGCGGGAAGGACAUCUACCGCAUGAGCAACAGCUUCACCGCCAUCGCCCGGCUGCUGGGCCGCCGCCUGGAGGCCGACCUUGCAGCAGCCAGCAGGGUAGAGGACGAGACGGAGCAGUGUCCAAAGCCUUGCGACCUGGAGUCAAGUGCGAGCGACGGGGAUGAGAAGCUCCAGGUGAAGAUCCAGGCAUUCGAGGAGAAGAUGGGUGAGGAGGGCGAGGUCGAGAGGGAGAGCGAGGCCGGGUCGCCCGGGCCACAGCGACGCCACAGCCUGGGCCAGGCCGCCCGAGAAGAGCGCCGGGAGAUGAGGUUCAACAGGUCAAAGAGCCUGGCACUGCACGCGGUGCGGUCCCGUUCCUUCAACUCGGAGAACGGCCAGGACGGCGAAGGGGCGGAGCUUAAUCCAGAGGCGUACCUGUCCGAUGGGUCGCCCAGCCCGGAAAGUGGAAGGGACGCUGAGGGAGCUGACCUCCCAGACGAGCCCCCCGAGGAGAGUCCCAGUCCCCCCUGUGACCCCGCCCCUCCUGUGGAUCCGCCGCAGGCCCCCUGCGCAGAUGGUCCGGGACAGACGGAGGAGGACGACCCGCGAGAGAGAGACAAGCUCUGGGUCCACCUAAAGGACAAUGAGGAGAAGAUCAAGGCUUUCUGCUCUGACAUCAUCAAACGCAUCCCUGUGCCAGAACAGUGUGUCAUCGAAGAUUCCAGCCGAGGUUGCGUGGCCAAACUCUCCUUCUCCUGCCCCCUGAAGGGACACUACUGCCUCUAUGGCAAGUCCAGCUUUACCCUCAGCAGCCGGCAGCCACACAUCUGGAUACACGUCAUGUUGCUCUCCUUGCAGAGUAAAGCCAGUGAGCCCCUCUCCUCAGAGGACAAGGCUGUGCAGUUCUUGAGGGCCGUGUGGGAGAAGGCUCAGCUGAAGGGACUGCACACCUUCGAGACGGCCAUGACCCAGGCCACCUUCCCACACAAGAAGGAUCUGGACAGUCUACAGAGGAACCUGGAGGAGGUGCGUUUCUUUGAUCUGUUCGGCUACAGUGACGAGGAAGGAAGCUGGCUCUGCUUCAUGUGUAAUAAUCCAGAGAAAGCCACAGUUGUGAACCAAGAAGGCCAGCCAUUGAUCGAGGGCAAGCUGAAGGAGAAACAGGUGCGGUGGAAGUUCAUCAAACGCUGGAAAACACGUUACUUCACCUUGGCCAGCAACCAGCUCCUCUUCCGAAAAGGAAAAUCAAAGGAGGAGUUGGAUGACAGCCCUAUCGAGCUGAGCAAGGUGCAGAGCGUGAAGGUGGUGGCGAAGAAGAGGCGCGACCGCAGCCUGCCGCGGGCCUUCGAGAUCUUCACCGACAGCAAGACGUACGUCCUUAAGGCGCAGGACGAGAAGCACGCCGAAGAAUGGCUGCAGUACAUCAACGUGGCCAUGGCACAGGCCAAAGAGAGGGAGAACCGCGAGGCCACCACCUACCUGUGACCCAGCCAACGGCAGCACCCCCUGCCCCCUCCUGACCUCUUACCUGUGACCUUCAAGUGUGACCCCCCUCCACAACAGAACAUCAAACUGUGAGUUCCUGGCCCGCCUUUGACCCAAAUGCAUCUGUUGGAAUCCACGAUCACCCCACACCUCACCACCUGAAAUCCGACAUAUAACAGUAGCUCUGCAAAGACUCAGCUUACCUGUCACAACCAAACAAAAGCUGUGACUCAAAGGAGAUCACGGGAACAAACCAUCCAUUGAGAUGGACCACAAUGCCCUGACUGUGUGACCAUGACACCUGUGAGUCAUCUAUUGCACUGCUGCCAAGGGUGGAAACUGAAAAAAAGAAGAUAACCAAAAGAACAAAGAUAACCUAAAGAAGCAAAUGCAUUCCUGUUUUUCCAAUUUACAGCAAUACUGGUUCCACUGAAAACUGUGAUGCGCCCAGCGAGAAGUGGUGUGGGAAAUUAAGACCGUAAAUUAUCGCACUCUUUCUGAACUCUGCAAAUACUGAGGAGUGAAUGAUAGCUCUUUAAGCUUAGCACAGUUUUCAAGCAUAUAGAUUUUCUUGAUUUAACACUGGAAAAGUUGUGAUAUAUUUUUUCCAUUCAAAAAAGUUAGCAAGGUCUGCUGGUAUUAACUGUAAUUUAUCAUACAAGAGCGAUCUUCUGGAAAUCUCUGAGGACCAUGAAAUGGUGAAAAGCAGAAAUCCUAAACUUUGUUAUUCUGAUCAAUAUUUCGUAACCUCUGAUUCUUUUGGGAAUGCAUCUCCACAGAAAAAACAUGUUUACUGGCAAAGUUUUUCCUUAAGUUUCCAUCAAAGAAAAGAACCAUGUCAAACUGCUUCAUUUUAUGUUUUGUGAUAGUGGGGAUUUGCAGUGAAGCAGUUGAAGCAGCCAUGAUGGAUAGCUCCAAUAAUAUUUGUACUAUAUAUAUAUAUAUAUAUAUAUAUAUAUAUAUAUAUAUAUAUGAACUUGAAUAUAAUUUGAAACUUAAAAGACAGUAUAAAUAUUUAUGUACCAAAAGAGGAUCGGUGCUCCCCUCUUGCCCUCUUGCUUGAUGAAAUAGUUAAUUAUAAUUUAAGACAGUAGAGCAUUGAAAUAAACAUUUUAACAGAUUAUCUCAAAGCAUUACCCCCUACUACAUGGGUGUAAUAAACAAUAGACAGUGUUGUGGGUGCCUAUGGAUGGUCUAUACAAUUAUAAAAUAAAACGUCACAGUAAAAAAUAAAUGCCUUACAUAGAAGUCUAUUUCCUCCAUUGUGUUCCCACCCAAUCAGUUUUAUAUUAAGUAUUCAUCAAAUUCAAGCUGAAGUUUCCAGUAACCAAAGAAACCCUUUGAAAUCUUAUAUAAAUCUUACACAAAGCUAUUUGGCCAUGGUGGCAGAGAGCUCCAAGCGAGCACAAGAACAUUUUCAUGAUGUGACAUUAUUUGUUUACUCACCAGACACCCUUAUCCAGGGCGACUUGAAAAAUUAUUUCAUUUGUUUUGUUUUGUAUGCAUUUUGUGGCUCAUUUCCACAGUUGGGUUUUUACUGGGGCUAUUGAAGUGAAAGUGCAUCACCCAAGAGUGCAACAACAGUAUCUCAUCCGAGGUUUGAUCCCAUGGCUCCAGGUCCAGUCCAGGGCUCUGACCACUGCGCACCGCAGUGUCAGCUGCGCCAUAUUUGUGCUGCCACACAAUUUAGUCAGGACGCAAGAAUUCUGUGUGCUUUUCCGGGGCUGUCUGGGGCCGUAGCGCAGGAGUACUGUCCCAGACUCAAUGUCUUGUUUCUCCAAAUGAUUUCAGAUCCUCUGAGGUUCAUGCAGAGCCAAAAGCUUCUUUUUAAAAAUAAUAAUAAUAAAUUGCAUGCAUAGGCAGCUGUGUAAAUAUAAUAUAUCUAUUAUACCCCCAUCUGUAAUGACACUUCAUAUUAGCGUUUGCCUUUAAGUUUGACAUUACCAAAUGUAAUUUUCUAAAAACAGUUUUUUUUUCUUUGCUGCUCUCAAAAAAUGGGACAUUAUGUCUGAAAUCAAUUAAACCAGGAACUGAGUGUUAGUCCACAGGAGGGGUGACCCUUCCUUAUGUGCAUACACUGGAACACAUAAGCUCUGCAGUGGAGUUUAACAUAACACAAUGGGAGGUUUUGUGAAAAUCACUUUAAAUAUGUUAGGAAAAUGUACGUGGAUAUUUUGCUAAGAAUCAUAGCAAGUCAAAAGUAUUAAGGCUUUAUAAAAUUCAUUUUAGGCAUUUAAAUCAUAGUUUAACAUAUUCAUUAACUCUCGUCACAUUGACUUUUAAAGGUAAUUUUUUAACCGUAUCAAUUUUGUUUUUUUGCAGGUCAGUAUUUAUUUUUUCAAGCAACAGGCAUGUUGAAACUUUAACCAAACUUGAAAAACUGUUAGCUACAGACCAUUUUAGUCAAAUGACUGUUCCAAAAUAUUGUAAGUAGAAUUUUUAUCAGAUGUAAUUUUCUUUAAUGCUGGUUUCUUUAAAAACCUUUCAUUUUUAAAUGCAAUUUUGUCUUUGUAGUCGUGAUUUAUACUUUUGCUUUGGUACUGGUUUCACUGCAUGUACUGAGAUUUGUAAAACCUAUACUGUUUGCCUUUUUUUCUCCAUUUUCUAGAAAAAAUUAAACACAUCAGAAAAA